UUAUUAUCUUAUUUAUUGUUUAAUUAUUUAAAAUUCCACUUUGUUGGAACCAUAAAAAAAUAAUGGUUUGAAACACGUAAACUAGCUUGUAAGUGCCGUCUCAAAAUAGGUUUCAGAAAUUUUGCAAUGAUAAAAUAUAGAAACAAUUUCCUUGGGGUCAAAGGCCAUCCAUUGAAGAUGCUUCAGCUUCAUUUGAGAACCGGUCGUAGUCUAAUUGCUGAAUAUUCAGUAGAAUUAUGGAUCAACUGUCUGCAAAUUCACGGAAGUAAUAAAAUCGAGUCAGGGACCUUGUGUUCGUCACCUUUGAUCUCGAGUCAUGCGAUUAUUCGGUAAUCAAACGCGGUUGCGUAAUGCUGCUGAGGAGCGUACAUUAUAAUCCCCGGUCCUGAAUGAGGGAAAGACCCAGAAUCGAAAACAUUAUUUUAUUGUCUCUUUGUUCCAUCAAGCAUGAUCCGUUUUAAAAGAAAAAACAGGAUACAACAUGAAAACCAGAUAUAUAUGCAACAAAAGUAAAUGAUAGACAACAUGCUGGCAUGUGGAAAGGGUGCGUUGGUGGAUUCCCUCAAUCGGAAACAAGACGUAAUGUCAUUGGAAAAACUUCCAAUAGCAGGUGAUGGUAUCAAGAAUGUUGCUCUCACAGGUGACAAUGCUUACAUUCUCUACCAAAAUGGAACAAUUAGGGCUUACUUAGCUGAAAAAGAUGUGCUUGCAGAUAACGAAUUACAGAAUGUUCUAAAAGAUAUUAAAAUCAUGAAUAUCUAUGCUGGAGUACAUGGCCAAGUGUUUGUGAUUGAUGAAAAUGGAAAGGCUUAUGCAUGGGGUUGUAAUGAUCAAGAACAGCUAGGUCUAACACUUGCGGAUGAUUUCGUGUCUCUACCGAUGAGUGUUCCAUUCACUGACAAAAAGAAAGUGGUGCAGGUUGCUUGUGGAAAUACUCAUACUUUGAUACUCUUGAAAAAUGGGGAUUUGUUUUCAGUGGGAGAUAAUGAAUAUGGACAGCUUGGACUUAAAAACAAAUGUCCUGUCAAAGGACCAGAACGUAUCACCACUUUGGAGAAUGUUCCAAUCUUGAGGAUUGCAGCAGGCGGUUGGCAUUCAUUUUGUUUAUCACUAACAGGAAUCUUGUAUUCAUGGGGAAGAAAUAAUUUUGGCCAGUUAGGUGUUGGUGAUUUUAUGGAUCAUUCUUCUCCACUGAUUAUAAAAAUGUCAUCAAAACUUCCCAUUGCUUAUGUUUCAGCUGGUGACUAUCACAGUGCUUUAUUAACAAGGGAAGGACAAAUGUUUUCUUUCGGUCUUGGAACAUUUGGUCAGUUGGGACAUGGUGUUCCAUGUAACAAUGAAUCAAAACCAAAACGAAUCGAGGAAUUCAGUGAAAGUGUUGUAACACAAAUCGCUUGUGGGAAAAAUCACACCAUUGCUUUCAGCCCUGAUUGUGAGCAGGUUUUUGCGUUUGGAAGUUGUUCAGAUGGACAACUCGGUAUUGGAAUCAAAAAAGACAAAAUUCCAGAUCCCAUGAUGGUUAAUAUACCACAAAGUAGUGAUGAGAAUGGUAACAAUAAAGUAAAACAAGUAUUUGCAGGUGGUAGUCAGACAGUUGUUUUAAAAUCAUUUGGCGCUGACAUUUUAAAGCAAAAAGAUUUCAGGAUACUUGAUUCAGAUCAACAUAUUUUUACCUUGGAUGAAAAUUUUUGCAAAGUUGUAUCAAAACUACCAAGAAAUAGUGAAAUACCAGCUGAUGUCAAGGAAAAACUCAUUUUAAUUAUAUCUUCACAAAAAUGUUUCACAGGUUCGUUUCACUUGGAGGUUUUGAUGAAUGAAGUUGUCAGUCGCAGUUUUGAUUUUGACAAAAUUAAAACACUUUUGUCUCAAAUCUUUGAAAGCAAAAAUGAAGCGAUUGAGAAACUUAUUGUUAAGGUUCUGUGUGACAAUGUUUUAUCUCGUCGUUCUAAAGAUGAUCCAGAUACAGAGUCACUUAAAUUUUUCCUUUUGAUGCCGUUUUUGAUUUCACCCUUUAAAUGUGUUGUCAGCAGAGCUAAAUGCUUCUUCCUCUUUAUUAGAAAACUGGUCACAAUGAAAGCAAAAUGUUGGGGGGAACUUUCCAGUUGGUAUAAAACAUCCUCGUCAGCGUUUUCAAUACUCGUCAAGUUGUGCUGUUUACAUAUUGCAGAUGGUUUGUUGAAAAAAUUUGAGGUCUCGACUGAUGCUGCUCAAAAUGAACUGAAUUUAGUGAAGAAAUUACAUCAAUUAAAUAGUGAGCAGCACAUUAUUCCAUAUGAUGAGUUUUACCUUCCUGUCAAAUUCAGUCAGGAUAUUUUGAAUGACCAAAUGAGCCAGAAGAAACUAAAAAAAAAUCCAUUAAUAUUUUCAUGUCCAUUUAUGUUCAGUGGUGAAGCAAAAAGAGGGUUGCUAUAUUCCGAACUAUCUUAUGCACAGCCACUUUUUUACUUUGAGCCACUCUUUAAUCAGUUGACAGUGAACACGGAAAAUGUUUUUGAAGAUGCUAUUGAACAAAUGGAUACUAUAUCACAACCAGCCUGGCCACUAUCCAUCGUAUUUAAGGGGGAAGAAGGACUAGUGUAUAAAGGGUUGCCAAAGGAAUUUUUCAGGCUUGUGUUUCAAGAAAUAUCCCAACACAGCUGUGAACUAUUUACUGAAGAUGAGGUUACGCAUGUGCUUUGGUUCUCUGACAACAAUGAUGCAACAAGAAAGUAUUAUUUCAUUGGCAUGCUGUGUGGGUUCGCUCUAUAUAAUGAUGCAAUAAUAAGUAUGAACUUCCCUCUUGCGUUGUAUAAAAAACUACAAGGAAUUGAAACCAAUCUUGAUGAUUUCAGGCAAAUAUUUCCAUCAUUUGGCAGAUGUUUGCAGGAGUUGAUUGAUUUUGAAGAAAAUGGUGAAGAGACCGUGCAAGCUAAAUACGAUUUUUAUUUUGUUUCGACCAGUGGCGAACCUUUGAAAAAAGGUGGUCAACAUUUGGCUGUUACCAAGUCAAACAGAAAUGAAUAUGUCAAGCUACAAGUUGACUACGUACUUAAUAAAUCUGUCAAAAAACAAUUUGAUAGCUUCAAAAAAGGAUUUGAAAGGGUAUGUACCAGUCCAAUUAUGGAACUUUUUCGGCCAGAAGAACUAAUGGAGGUAUUAGCAUAUAAACCGAAUUUAGAUUGGAAAAAACUUCAGAAGCAUGCUGUUGUUGACGCAGUUUCCAACACUUUCAAACAAGUGUGUGAAUGGUUCUGGGAAAUAGUUCACCAUAUGACAGAAGAAGAUAAAGUAAAGCUUCUAAUCUUUCUUACUGGAACUGAUAGAGUCCCACUUCUGGGUUUGCAUGAUACACUGAAAAUAUAUGAAGUAUUUGAUGGCCAAGGAAAUCCAAAUGAUGAUAUCCUACCAGCAGUUCAAACAUGUUUUCUGAAUCUUCUUUUGACUUCAUAUUCCAGCAAAGAGGUUUUAGAAGAACGCCUCAGAGUAGCGAUAAAUUGCAAAAAAUUUGGUAUUUUGUAAAAAAAAAUGGUAUGGCCAUUGGCCAAUGACUAUGUCUAUAUAUGUGUAUUUAAUGAAAUCCAUGUAUGAAUAUAAAGUUCUGAUUAUUGAGAAGGGUAUUUGGCAUAGCCUACCUUCCCUAUUGUAUUAUAUAUUGAGGUUAUGGUUGAUGUGACCAGGCCACCACCCUUUAGUAUAUUAUAUUUAUUUUGUUUCAGCUUAGAAUUUAAUACUUACGUUUGAAUGGUAUAUAUAAAUUGGGAAAAGUGCAUUUUAAUAUUAUUGCCUUGUUGGUGAAUAUAUGUUUCCAAUCCAUGCAUGUUAUCCACCUUGAAUUUCUUAAAUAUCUGAUCGUAAUUUUGAUAAUUGAAAUGUUCCUAUGUAUAUUUACUUUUUUCAAUCUGUAUUCAACAACUUUUUUAUUUUAUGUGUUUAAUAUUUUUGGUGAUAUCCAGCAAGUUUUUCAGUUCAUGAUUCCACUGUAAGUAAAAUUUUAUUGCGUGAUUAGCAUAGUGUUCCCCUUAUGCAAACAUAAUUUAUUUCAUAUGCAACAAGGGGGAUAACUUUGAAAACCCACUGCCCAGUCACCUUUUUCUAUUGAUGGUGUUUAUCAACGUUUAAUCUGAAUUUCCGAAUAAAGCUCAACUGUCAAAUUUACUGUGAAUGUAUAUUUU